AUGAGAGGUGAUCCUUUGGGUAAUCAUGUCCAAGAGCUCAUAAACGAGGGCCAUGGCACCGAAAGGCCUAUCUCUCAGGACUGGCCUGAUCUACCACCGUUCAUCAUCUCCGAAGCUCCUAAGAACAUGCGUCAACUACACCCACAAGCCUAUGAGCCUACGCUAGUCUCAAUCGGCCCAGUUCAUCACUCCGACGAGGGGCUGCUACCGAUGAUACAGGAUAAACUCCGGUUCUAUUUGCGCCUCUCGGAACAACUAUACGGAUCACGUGACAUAGAUAACGAAAUCAAAAGAAAAGCAGACAAUUUGGCACACAAAGCAAAGUCUUGCUAUCCCCAUACUUAUGNCAUGCGUCAACUACACCCACAAGCCUAUGAGCCUACGCUAGUCUCAAUCGGCCCAGUUCAACACUCCGACGAGAGGCUGCUACCGAUGAUACAGGAUAAACUCCGGUUCUAUUUGCGCCUCUCGGAACAACUAUACGGAUCACGUGACAUAGAUAACGAAAUCAAAAGAAAAGCAGACAAUUUGGCACACAAAGCAAAGUCUUGCUAUCCCCAUACUUAUGGCAUGACAGACUCUGAUUUUGGGUUGAUGUUGGCCCUUGAUGCUUGCUUCAUCCUAGAGCUAUUUCGCUAUGCUAAACAGGGUAUUGUUGUGGAUGACCCCAUCUUUAGGGCAAGAUGGAUGCUGCCUGCGAUUAGGUUGGAUUUAAUCAAGUUUGGGAACCAAUUACCAUUUUUCGUACUCGAAGCAUUAUAUGAUCUUACUAGCUCAGGUAAUGAAUCACAACCACCUCUGACCAAAUUGGCAGCAAACUUUCUGGCUCCUUUAGUUCCCAAUGCACAUGAAUGGUCUCUCCCAUUUGACAAAAAACCUACACAUUUACUUGCUUUUAUUCACUCGACCUUUAGUCCCAUGUCUCACAAUUGUUCUGUAGCCAUCUCUGACGUCAAUUUGCCAUGGGACGGGAGGUGUUUAGUAAAGAGUACCAACGAACUCCAGAACCAUGGAAUCAGACUCAAAAAAGGGGACUAUGGCCUCCUAAACAUCAAUUUUGACCCAAGCACGGCAGUGUUAGAAAUACCCUCCCUUGUAAUCAACCACGACACUGNGUCAAUUUGCCAUGGGACGGGAGGUGUUUAG